AUGAACCCACAGAGAAUCAUCGAAUUGCAAAAGCUCUACCAAUCCUCGGACAAACGUUUGUGGUUGCGCGGAAAGCACUCCAAGUUUGUGGUGUUCCCAUUCUAUGCUUUGUUCACUGUGAGCACUGUUUUUCCAUUGUACUACACUGGACGGGCUAUUCUCGGCAUCAAGGACGAGUAA